GUUCACGGAGGAAGGUCGGGAUCUGGCCCGGAAGGUGGUGCUGAGCACGGAAUACUUGGCCCGAGAUUUCGUGCUGGGCGUGAACCUGUCAGGCUAUCUGAUGAGUGGAACCAGUUAUGCGCCGUGGUUCCACAUCGGCAAAGUCUAUGCUGCCAUCAAAGAGAAGUUUCCUGACAUUCUCCAAGUGCUGGGCGAGCCACCCCCGUCAGCUCGACGAAAUGCUCUUCUUGCUGCACUGAAGAGCUACUUGGAGCAGGAUGCGCCUCGGGAAAGCCCAGCCUUUGGAGGACGGCAAGGCUUUACCAGUCUGGAGAAAGCGGCUGCAGCCCUCGUUGAGGCGGACUACCUCCGCAUCACAAAAGCAUGGGGGAUCCCCGGCCACGGCGGGGCUUUGGGACCGGAGCGCCAGGAGAUGUAUCGUCUGCUGAAUGUGGGUCAGCAGUUUUUGCAGCAGGCCUACAAGCAUGCCAAGGCAAGCGCGCCUGCCUCCUGGACGGACUUCUCUGGCCUUCUGAUGAUGGUAUCCCGGACUGAGGUGCCGCUUUUUGAGAUUCUGGACCGACUCGACCGGCAGCUGGUCGAACCCAUCCACAUGAAGGACUCCGUCACGCACCCGGAGUCUGCGUUCUUUGUCCACCUGCUUCCGACACGCAAUGUGGAGGCCAACCAUGUGCGCACGGUCUUGGAGCUGCAUUGU